AUGGAGUGUUCACGGUUCGAGAAUUACAUCCUCACACCGUUGCCGUUGGGUCCAUGCCCUAACGCCUACUCCCCGCUCUCCCCACAAGAUGUCACUGACUUUGUCUCUGUCGUGAAGGCCACACCAAGGAGGGUCAAUAAGGAUAAGUGGUCGGAGCCAAUUUUGAACGCCAGCGCGUUCGUGACGGGCAGCGUUGUGGGAAAGUGCCGACCUACGGAGCCUGUGAAGCUGGUGGAGAGCGCGAUGAUCGCGGCAUUGGAUGCCCUCAUGAUCAACACUAAGGGACCUCGCAGAACUAAGCAGCAGUGCAAUAGGAUGUACCUGUCGGUUUCCUGUCCCGAUUGGGAAGACGGUGAAGACUCUGAGGAUGAGGUCGACGGGAUGGGUGACAACUCGGCUGUUCUAGGCCGAUCACUGAGCCAAGCUGAGAAGACUGUGGCCGCCGCG